GUGGUAAUGAGAAGGACGGGCAGGCGGUAGAGCAGCAGAUACAGUGAGGCUGGUGAGAGCAUGGAGCCGAGCAGGAGGGGACCAUGCUGCUCCUUACACAUCCAGGAGGUUCUGUUGAUGCUGUUUCUAUUCCCGGGCAGGAGCCGGGGCACCGAGCUGGUUUACCGAGUACAAGAGGAGUCACCGAGAGGGACCUACAUCGGGAACCUGGCCGCUGACCUGAAGCUGAGUGAGCCGGGAGUCACCUAUAACCUGGCGUCGGGGGCCGGGUCCGCUCGCUUCGUGGAUUUGAACCGGGAGACGGGGGAAUUGCGGACCUCAGCGGCGGUGAUAGACCGGGAGGAGCUGUGCCCGGAGCCGGAUCCCGGUAUCGGGGGGUCGGGUGAACCGUGCUGGGUCCGGUUUGAUGUCCUGCUGCUACCCCCCCGCCUAUUCCGCCUUCUCAAACUCCGGCUCCGGGUCGAUGAUAUUAACGACCGGGCGCCGCGCUUCCCCGCCUCCAGCCUCGGACUCUCGGUGCCCGAGAACGCGGAGCCCGGCUCCCGCUACCCGCUGGAACCGGCGGCUGAGGACCCGGAGCCCGGCCUCAACGGGAUGCUGCGGUACCGGCUGCAAGGGGCGGGCGCCGCCGCCUUCUCUCUGGCCCAGGAGGACGGGGCGCUCCCCGGCAAACCCGUACCUUUCCUGGUACUGGAGGUGCCGCUAGACCGGGAGUACCGGGACCGGUACGUGAUGGAGCUGGUGGCGGAGGACCGGGGCAGCCCGUGCCUUUCCGGGACGGCUACCGUGACCGUGUCGGUGACCGACAUUAAUGACCAUUGCCCCGAAUUCCCGGAGAGUGAGCUCAGCUUCAGCCUGUUCUCUAACUGCUCGGUAGGGACCACCGUCACCCAGCUCCGGGCCCGGGACCCUGACCUCGGUUAUAACGCCCACGUCGUCUACUCUUACGGGGAGCGGGUUCCCGGGAGCUCGUUCCGCCUCUUCAGCCUGGACCGCGGCUCCGGUACCAUCCGCCUGGCCGCCCCCAUCCCGGGAGACGCCGCCCCCUCCCACCGGCUCACCGUGCUGGCCACCGGUACCGGCUGUGCUCCGGUCACCGCCACCGUCAGCCUGACCAUCAUCCCGGUGGGUUCCGGUCCUCCCGUGCUUACCCCCCGGUACAUCGCCCUGCAGGCUGAAGGCGUGCUCUACCUGAAGGAGACCGAGCCUCUCCGGACCCCUCUCGCCUUUUUCACCGUCACCGAGCACCGGCAACAGCAACCGGUCCGCUGUUACCUGGAGGGAGCGGCGGCUACUUUCCGCCUGGCCCGUUACCGUGGCCUCCAGGAUGAGUACCUCCUGGAGACCGCACAGCCCCUGGAUUAUGAGCUCCAGCGGCGCUAUGAAGUGGCAGUGGUGGCGGAGAACUCCAACAAGUUGGCUCAGAGAGUCCACCUCCAAAUCCAACUGAUCGACGAAAACGACAACCCCCCCAUCUUCAGCAGCCCCUCGGUCCAGGUAUUCAUGGAGGAGAACAACCCCCCGAACAGCUUCCUCGUCAAACUGAAAGCCACAGAUGCUGACAGUGGAGACAUGGGGAACAUCACCUACCUGCUCGGCCCUGGGGUGCCUCGCAUCUUUGCUGUCGAUCAGUUCAGCGGGAAAUUGUCUGUAUCAACCAGCUUAGACAGAGAAGAGCAAGACAGGUACAGGCUCACCAUCAGAGCUGUCGAUGGUGGGACACCAUCCCUGGAAUCUACCGCCACUGUUCUCCUCACCAUCCAGGAUGUCAAUGACAACAGCCCCAGGUUCAUCAACAAAGACUUCAAUUUCUUUGUUCCUGAGGACUACCCAAGUUUUAGUGAGAUUGGUGUAAUUGGGGUUAUGGAUCCUGAUGCUGGAACUAAUGGCUGGGUGGCCUUGUCUAUUCUUAAUGGUAGUGAGCUAUUUGUGAUUGACACAGGCAAGGGAAACCUCAUGGCAAGUGUCCCCUUGGACAGGGAACAGCAGAGCUCCUAUAUUCUUUGGAUUCAAGCUACAGAUGGAGGAGAACCUGCUCUCUCUGCCAUUGCUAAAGUGACAGUGCUUCUGAUAGAUGUCAACGAUAACCCACCAUUGGUCUUGUUCCCUCAGUCUAACCUCUCUUUUCUCCUGGUCCUCCCGUCCACGGUUCCUGGGUCUUCCAUUACUGAAGUGUAUGCUGUUGAUAAAGACACGGGAAUGAAUGCUGUCAUUGCUUACAGCAUCAUUGGCCACAGAGGGCCCCGUCCAGAGACUUUUGUCAUUGAUGCAGGCACCGGUAACAUCACACUACAUGAGGCUUUGGUGAAGAAUGAUCAUGGAUUGUACAGACUGCUGGUCAAAGUCAGUGACCACGGGUAUCCGGAACCACUUCACAGCACAGUUAUAGUCAACCUUUUUGUCAAUGAAACAUUAAGCAACGAGAGCUACGUAGAAAAUCUACUGAGGAAAGAUCCUGGCAUCAGGAUAGAGGAAAGUCUACCAGAGACAAGAACUGACCCUUUUCAAACAAAACUAGAUGUAUUUCCAUGCGAGACUGUCUUGAUAGCACUAUCAAUUUUAUGCUUUGGGCUCUUUGCCUUAGCUUUUGCAUUGGCCUGCUACAUUUCAUUUAGAAAAAGGAAACACAGGAGAAAAAAGUACGGUGUGACAGAGGUUGAGAUUCCACUGAAGAAGACGCUGGCUUCAUAUUCAUUGGAGAAAAAGUCAUUGAAUGAUUUAGAUCUGUAGAUGGUAUGAUAUAACUGAUCAACUGAUUUGUUUACAAGUCAUACCUGGACAGUACUUUGAAGUUACCAACAUUUUGUGUUUUAAAUGUGUUUGGUAUGAAAAACUUCUAAGUUGCAGUGUUCCAAUCUGAUUAGCUAUUGAAUAUUACACAGUAUUAUUUACAGAUCAAAACUACAUAAUUUGGAGUAAGACUAAUAAUUUCUUUACAAAACUAAAUAUUUUGUUAAAAAGCAUAAACUUGCACAGAUGGGUCUGUGAUUGAUCCCAAGACUUCAUUUCAUAAAAACAACAUGGCUGGACCUUGAAGUCUAGAGAAAUGAAACAGAAAACCCAAGAUGAUCGCUGCUUCAUUCUUUGGCUGACCAAGAGACCUCAAGCAAAUAAGGUAAACCUGCAGUAUCUAUACUUGUUUGAGACUUGCAUUUGGUUUCAAUAAUGAGUUGACUUUCAGAUUUUAUUAACUCAUGAAUUACUUAGUACACUGAGUUAAAAUGAGUAAAUCAGUCUAUCAUAUCUUUGCAUUUGAUAAGUGAAAAAUAUAAUUGACUAUAAACCUGCAUUAUAAGACAGUUAAUGGUAAGCUGGUUGAUCAACCUUGUCCAAUAUUGGUAUUCUUGUAUUCUAUCAAUUUAUUCUUCUAUAUUUAGUUUUAACACCUAUAGCUUCUUGUAUCACUCUACCAAAUGUUGAGGGUAGCUAAGAGGGAUUUGUCCUCAAAAAAAAGGAGCUGUAAAUUGAUUUAUUUAAGUUAUCUUUAAAAUAAAACUGAUUCAUUGUUUUACUUUUGAGGAAUAUUUAACCUGCAGUCUGUCUUUUCAGGUUGCCUUCAAUCAGAAACUAUUGAGUGAAGCUACAUAAAUAAACAACGCAGCAAUAAUGAAUGUGUAACUUCACUAGAUAUGAUCCUGAGAAUGUCACUUCUUUCCCUACACAUGUCACUUUCUGACACUAAAUGAGCAAUACUGAACUAGAAAGACUGUCACUGGACAAAAAAAAAAUCACAAGCAACUCGAAAUAAGUGAUUAAUUGGUCUUUUUGAAAUAUGGGAUUACAUUUUAAAUAGUAUGCAAUUACUUGAGAAGAUUAUGAAAACAGACUAUUUGUGUAAAUUACUUAAUUUCUGAGCUUGCUUGUAUAUGUUCUGCAGCUAAAGGAAAAUUCUUUGUA